ACAUACCGAGUCCGAGUGCUCUCGGUUGGAAAGUUGUGGGAGCCACUAACCGGGUGCAUCUCGCUUGUCUCCAACUCCAACAAUUCCCCUCCCGUCGUACUGCCCCAGGAUUUAUUGUUGUUUAGCCCAUUCCUUCGCUGGAGACAAGGAUUUUUCGUAUUUUAUUACUGGAGUGAGAGAAUAUCGAGAGCACAAUGUCGAAGGAUGAGAAAGAGUCGAUCAUUCCGGACAUCAUCUACGACGACAAGUCCGGCAAGAGCUACAUCAAGGGACGAUUCUUCGGAAAGGGUGGAUUCGCAAAAUGCUACGAGAUACGUGAGUCCAAGAGUCAGGCAGUCUACGCUGGUAAAAUUGUAAAUAAAAAUAUGAUGACUAAGAACAGUCAGCGUGAGAAGAUGACCCAGGAGAUUGCCAUUCAUCGUAGCCUAAGUCACGUCAAUGUCGUUGGAUUCCAUGGGUAUUUCUUCGACGUACACAAUAUCUACAUUAUCCUCGAGUUGUGCAGAAAGAGGUCUAUGAUGGAGCUCCACAAACGCAGAAAAGCCCUGACAGAAUGUGAAACUCGUUACUUUAUGAAGCAAAUCCUGGAUGGUGUUGACUACCUCCACAAAAAUCGCAUCAUCCAUCGUGACUUAAAGCUGGGCAAUCUCUUCCUGAAUGAUGAAUUACAAGUGAAAAUUGGUGACUUUGGAUUGGCAACUAAACUGGAGCACGAGGGUGAAAGAAAAAAAACCCUCUGUGGCACCCCGAACUACAUAGCCCCCGAGAUCCUGACGAAAGUGGGUCACUCGUACGAAGUGGACGUCUGGAGUAUCGGUUGCAUAAUGUACACCCUCCUGGUGGGGAAGCCCCCCUUCGAGACCUCGACCCUUCGCGAGACCUACGCCCGGAUAAAGCAGGUCCAGUACAAGACCCCCACGAACAUUGGUGCAACAGCGAUCACGAUGAUCUCCAACACACUCCAGGGUAAUCCAGCCAAGCGUCCCAGUGUGUCGAAGCUCCUGAAGGACCCCUUCAUCACAACGGGCUUCCUCCCCCAGAGUCUCCCCCUGUCCUGCCUGACGAUGGCCCCACGCCUGGACACCCUGGAGACGUACAACAGUCGCAAGCCCCUGUCGGAGAUGAACCAGAACGAGGAGGGGCUCGAGUCACCCAAGUUCAGGGUGCCAAGCUCACCAGCACGCAAGGCCAAGCAGGAGGGUAUGACUGAGGUGCAACGAGCUGGUCGUGACAUCAAACGAAUGUUAAUUACCCUGAAGGAACAGGUGGGCGCUGUUCUGAGUUCAAAACCAGCUCGCAGGGAUGUAUCGUCAGCUGUUGAGAUGACAGAUCCAGCAGCCCAGCCCAUCCUGUGGGUCAGCAAGUGGGUGGACUACUCGGACAAGUACGGAUUUGGGUAUCAACUCUGCGACGAUGGGGUCGGGGUCAUGUACAACGACGGCACAAGGCUCAUCAUGCUGGCCAACAAGUACAACAUUCAUUACAUCAAUAGAGAGGGAUGCGAGGUGUACUACACGGUCAAGGACUAUCCCCACACACUCGAGAAAAAGAUGAAACUUAUGAAUUUCUUUCUUCAGUACAUGAAUGAACAUCUCAUGAAGGCUGGGGGGUCUGUCACUGUCAAACAGAGUGACUGCAUGUCCAGGAUACCGUACAUGCACCAGUGGUUUCGCACUCAGACUGCUGUGGUCAUGCAGUUGACUAAUGGAUCUGUUCAGAUAAAUUUCUUGGAUCACACGAAGAUAAUCAUGUGUCCCCUGAUGGCAGCUGUAACUUACAUCGACAACGACAAAAACUUCAGGACUUAUCGCUUCGAGACGAUUCAGCAGAAUGGUUGUAGUGCUGGUCUAGCCAAAAAUCUUGAGUAUGCGUAUGAAAAACUCACUCUCAUGAUAACAAAUCUCCAGACACGAUAAUUCCAGGACUUCUGUUCACUUCCCUGUUCAUCUGUAUGGUUUACAAGUAUUCGAUUAUCCCUUCCCUCGUGAAAAUCAAAUUGGACACGUGCAGAGGGAGAAGGAGAAGAUUUUCGUUACGACCAGACGAGUCCCGAGCCAACAAGUGCGAGAUUAUUUAAUUUUAAACGUCAAUCACUACUUUUAAUGUCAAUUACUCGUGAGCAAGAGAAUUACUGCAUCCCCACGGGUCUCAACCUCACGAGCCUCAUUCCCCCUAAUUAAUCAAUGAUUAAUCGUCUAUAAGCAACUGUAAAUAUUAAACAUAGAUGAUUAAACCAUAUUUUCGACUACGAAGUAUCUUUUAUAUAAAAAUUCAAGUGGAUAACAGAAUGAGUGGUGAGUGGUGCACGAUUGAAUGAUUUAAAUGGAAUAGAAACUGUUAAAAUGAUAGAACUUUUAAUGCGAAUGUAAUUCAAUUAAUUAUCAUUUUAAAUUUGUUCAUUAAUGCUCGACUGAUAUGUCAUGUACUUGUUCUUUUUAUCUUGAGGAAAUAAAGAUUCUUUUCGUACAUUUUA